UUUUUAUCCUAAUUAAUCCAAACAAUGGUUCCUACUCCAGACCAUAAUUUUUUGAUCUUCAAAGUGAAAAAUAGCUACUUGUCACAAUGAUUAAAUUGUUUUCAAUGAAAAACCAGAAAAAAGAUGGAAGUGAUGCUCAAAAAAGUGGAGGCAAACGAGCUUCUGCUGCCCAGCUGAGAAUAACCAAAGAUAUCAAUGAACUUACUCUCCCAAAAACCUGCGAAACUGAAUUCCCUGACCCUGACAAUCUUUUGUCCUUCAAAGUUAUUAUUUGUCCUGAUGAGGGUUUCUACAGAAGUGGCCGAAUUAUGUUGCUUCAUGUUUAUCACCCAAAUAUAGACAUGGAAGGCAACGUUUGCUUGAACAUAUUGCGGGAAGACUGGAAGCCUGUGCUCACCAUCAACUCAAUUGUGUAUGGCUUGCAGUACUUAUUCUUGGAGCCAAACCCAGAAGACCCGUUGAACAAAGAAGCGGCAGAGGUGCUUCGGAUGAACCGGCCGCUCUUUGAACAGAACGUCGUCAAGAGCAUGCGGGGUGGCUAUGUCUCUAAUGUAUAUUUCGAGAGAUGCCUAAAAUGAGUUAAUUAGUAUCCCUUGAAUCUUAAUGAGAAAUGCUGAUUAGAUCAAUGCAUUCACUACUUCAUAGUUCCAACAAUUAGCUCGAGUUUAGGGUAUGGAUGAAUUUAUUGUCUUUGACAUCAUAGCAGAUUUAAGUCGGACACAGUUUAUUGCCCUAACAUAUUAAAGUUUUUUGACUCUGUGGCAGCCAUGAUAUUGCAACUUAUGUGCUCUAGAAUAUUAGAAAUCUUGCUGAUUAAUUUUGGAGUUUUAAUUGCUAUCAUCUAAAAAAGUAAAACAGUUCUUCUGUCCCCAUAUCAAGACUAACAUUUUCUAAAGUCUUAAUUUUUUCAACAUUCAGUCUGAAAUUCUCCUAAAUUAUCAUUAAUUCAUUAUUGGCCGACGGUCAGGCACAAUUAUCUUGAUGAAGGCCAUCACUUUUAAAUUCGUCUGCUCGUCUUACAUACAUCAAUUGUCCAUGUAAUGCACUUGUUUCAAAUGUAUGCGUGUGUUUACUUAGAGGCUACAACUCUCAAGUCUGGUCGUCUGUGAUCAGCUGCCACUCUUGCGCUACUCUCUGCGCUUUUAAUGUCUUCAUUCAUUGCAAUUGUAGGCAGUGUUAGUAACUCAUUGAUGUCAUUUAUAUGGUUCAUCAGAGAUUAUUCUUCUUAAUUAUUAAAAAAUACGUAAUACUUUUCAGUAAAGGAAUAUUUGUUAGUGCCCUAAAUAUACCUACUGAAUUCUUUUCAGGAUGCAGGGAUAGGUUGAAAAAUUAUUGAAUGUUUGGUAACCGCUGAAAUAUUUCAAUUAAAUUGAACUCUGCUCCAAAUUAUCAAUGAUAUAUCACGGUUGCUUGAGUUUUCUAUGUAGCAAAUGUAUUUCUUCUGUUUGAAUGUUUUGCGUUAUCAUGAUCAGAAUAUUGGCCUUUUGAAAAAAAUUAUCUUAAUGUUUAUUUCUUUAUUUAUUUUUGUCAAA